UGGAGGACACACUGUUUUCAUAACAUGGAGGAGGAGACGCUUAUAACCUUGGUACGAGAGCACGGGGAGCUGUACGACCCGGCGCACAGACAGUACCAAGAUCAGAAGAGGAGGGAUUUGUCUUGGGCGGUCAUCGCUAGCAGGCUGAGGAUGCAACCUCAAGAAUGCAAAGAAAAAUGGAAAAAACUUCGUGAAAACUACAAAAAAGCUAUAAAACUACGUCAACAGCAGAAAGAUAAAGGCGUCAAAAAAUUUAAGCCCAUCAAACACGGUCACCUAAUGACAUUUUUAGAGGACCCGAAAGAUGUAGAAUAUGAAGAAAUAGAUUCAAAAAGUGCCGUAUAUUCUAAGAAAUCAGAAACAUAUGUUACAGAACAAAUUCAGGUAGAUCCAUUAGUAGUCGAAGGGAACUACGACACAGUGCAUGAAAACAUGCCCAGAAAUGACACAGUGGUGACAUUCUUCACUAAUCUAGGAGAGACAGUAAAGACUUUUCCAAAAGAUGUCCAAAUACGUGUGAAAAGAGAAAUAUUUAAAAUUAUAAAUGAUGCAGAAGAAGAAGUGCUGAUGAAUAAAAUGUCUUGGUGAAGAACAGUGAUAAAAUUAGAUUUGUAAAAUAUUUUAAGUAAACGUUGUUUUUAUUGA